CGAAUGCUUAUAAGUGCCAGCUAAUCAUCGAUCAGUGUGUGCAGUUAGUUUACUCUUUCAGUUACUUAUUACUUCGAAAUUCGUUCCACUCCUGUAUUGAUUAAUCGCCAUUAGACUUCAUCGACAAUUCGAGAAUAGAUAGCAAAGGGAUUUGAUUUAAUGUGGUAUCAUUUUCGAGAAGAAUAAUAAUAAUUGGAAAUUGGAAAGAGUAAUAAAAUUGCUGCAUAUCGAAUGUGAUAGAUUAUGAAGGCUCUAAUUUUGGUUGGUGGUUAUGGUACCCGUUUGCGACCAUUGACCUUAACUCAACCGAAACCGCUUAUUGAGUUCGCCAAUAAACCGAUGCUCUUCCAUCAGAUAGAAGCAUUGGUAGCUGCAGGUGUGGAUACCGUUAUUUUGGCCAUUAAUUAUCGUGCGAAAGCUUUAGAAGAAGAAAUAGCAAGUCAGGCUAAUUAUUGGAAUAUCACGGUGCAUUUCUCGGUGGAAAAAGAACCUCUUGGAACAGCAGGAGCUUUAUCUUUAGCAAAAGGUCUGCUCAAAGGCGAGGAACCAUUCCUAGUGCUUAAUUCUGAUAUUAUAUGUGAUUUUCCAUUCCGACAAAUGAUCGACUUCCAUGUUCAUCACCAACACGAAGGUACCAUCGCGGUGACCAAAGCUACGGAACCUAGUAAAUAUGGUGUUUGUAUAUUCGACGAAAAAACGGGCAAAGUGGAUCGAUUUGUGGAAAAACCAUCGGAAUAUAUGGGUAAUAAUAUAAAUGCCGGCUUGUAUGUCCUAUCACCGAGAGUGCUGAAUCGAAUACCGUUACGACCUACUUCCAUGGAAAAAGAAAUUUUUCCCCAAAUGGUGAAAGACGGUAACCUCUACACCUAUGUUCUCCAGGAUUUCUGGAUGGAUAUUGGACAACCACAAGAUUUCCUUAUUGGUACUCGAUUAUAUCUUCAUUUUGUCCGUUCAAAACAUCCAGAGAUACUUAGCAAAGAUCAUUGCGUACGAAAAGAUGUGAUGAUACAUCAUACGGCUCGAAUCGGUGAACACUGUAUCAUUGGGCCAAAUGCCGUCAUUGGCUCAGGUGUACAAAUCCAUGAUGGAGUUUGCUUGCGAGAUUCAACGGUACUAUCAAAUAGUAUCAUUCAUAGCCAUAGUUGGAUAAAUGGUAGUAUCAUUGGUAGGAAAUGUGUUAUUGGAAGUUGGGUUAGAAUUGAUAAUACUUGUAUUAUUGGGGACGAUGUCAUUGUAGAAGAUGAACUGUACCUGAACGGCGCCCGAGUUUUACCCCAUAAAGCUAUUUCGGCAAGUGUAUUGGAACCUGAUAUUAUUAUGUAAAUCCUCUCUAUCCUUUCUCUAAUAAGUAACAGACACAAAAUGUUACAGUAUCCUACUCCAAUUCCAC